CCGUAAUUACCAUCAAAUUUUUGCGGUCUUGGAAAUCCUCGAUUCUACAACCAAUUAGCACGGUCGCCGCAUCAGCCAUAUUCAGCAACGCAGAAACAUGGAUCUGAAGGAGAGUAUACCCUCUAUGUGUUCGACAGUUUCGGUUGAGAACAAAUAUCGGAGUACAUUAAUAAACCGCGACGGCGUGCGGAGGAGUGCAGUGGCACGUGAGCGCGCGUAGCAGAGACGUACUUAACAUUCCCUUAAACUUAUCAGGGUGAGGUGGAAUUUGUUGGGGCACAAACACGCAGCAGACAGUAUGCAUUGGAUCAGGAUAUCUUGUAUCUUAUGCAUGUUCGGAUGCUUCAAGGACUUCCGACCUUCAGAAUCAUUUGUGACAAAUUAUCUAAUGGGACCAUGGAAGAAUUUUACUAGCAGUGAGGUGAAUCAAGAUAUUUAUCCAGUGAGCACAUACUGUUAUGCAGCAAUGUUGAUAUUUGUCUUUCUGAUUACGGACUUUGUUAGAUAUAAGCCCAUUAUCAUACUCUGUGGCCUCUCAGGUGUCACAACUUUUGUCAUGAUAGUACUCGGUCAAACUGUAUUGGUGAUGCAGAUCAUGGAAUUUUUUUAUGGCCUGUUUCUAUCAGCAGAAGUGGCCUAUUAUACAUAUAUAUAUGCCAAAGUAGAUAAAAAGCAUUAUCAAGAAGUGACUGGUCAUACCAAAGCAGCCUCUUUAUUUGGUCGUAGUAUGUCCGGUGUGGUUGCUCAGUUAACUGCUUCCUUCAACAUAUUGGAUUAUCAUCAGCUGAAUUAUGUAACUAUUGCAGCAUUCAGCACGGCAACGAUCUGGGCGCUUUUCCUACCCUCUGUGGGCCAGUCGAUCUAUUUCCAUCGUGCGAGUACCUGCGAUGAAGAAAAUUCCAUCGGUGAGCAGGAGAAAAAGGAGGUUGCUCAAUCGAGACAGCGUAGCUCGCGAUGGCUGUGUUGCAUCGGAUCUAAUCGCGAUAGUGCGUUUGGCCCCCAAUACCAAUCAUCAUUGUGCAACAAGUCGUGCUUUUGCGGCGUCGAAAGUAGCGGGAAACUCCAAUUCCGUGACAUCACGCGAGCGUAUGCGCUGCUGUGGAAGCAUUUUGUACAAGCUUACGCCGACCAUCGCGUGCUCAAGUGGUCUUUAUGGUGGGCUUUGGGCACCUGCGGCUAUUUGCAGGUCGCUAAUUACAUGCAGUUGCUGUGGCUGGACACGGUGCAUUCGAACGAUGAGAUUUACAAUGGCGCCGUGGAUUUCGCGUAUGCGAUUUUAGGUGCGAUAACCGUAUUUUCCGUAGGAAAGAUACGAUUAAACUGGGACCUAUUAGGGGACAUAUCGUUGUCCAUGUUUUCAUUUCUUUGUGGUGCUAUAAUGGUGGUGUCCUCGUACAGCUACAACAUCUGGUUCCUCUAUGCUGGUUACAUCAUAUUCGGCGUGAUUUAUCAUACAAUGGUCACCGUAGCGAGCUUCGAAGUCGCCAAGUAUAUCUGCGAGGAUAGUUACGGCUUGAUAUUCGGCAUCAAUAUAUUUAUCGCUCUGGUAGCGCAGAGCCUUUUCACACUGGUGGUCGUCAAUGCGCUCAUGUUAAACAUUCGGUGGCAGUACUUCAUCUACGGCAGUUAUUUUGUGAUCCUGGGUUUCAUGUAUUUUUUGAUGGGUAUAUUGAAUAUCGUGAAAUAUUACCAGAGCAACGAGCGCUUCAAUUUAUGGACCAGCGAUGAGACCCAGUCCACCGUAACGCAAACCACAAAUGACAUGAGAGACAACGGUGCGUCGGCGGCGGUGGAGGAAAAUGGCAAUUGAAACAGAAAAUUCUCUAACUCGCAAAUUUGUUAAAUCGUUCAAUAUUAGACAAAACAAGUACUUAUCGAUCAUUCAAAUUUAAUCGGCGCUAUGCGAUUCUUGUACAAAAUAUUUUUGCCGAUUGAUCGCGGAUGAUUCUUAAAAUGUACUUGUCCCUGGUAGUUUUAAUCAGACGUGUUAUUUUUACAUAUCCAGUAAGCAAACAAUCAUUGACUGAGAAUGUUACGAAAUAGUAUGUAACGUUUUAGCAGUGUAUAACGUUUUUUCUUGAAAUGUGAUGUGUAACAUUGUAUCAGCAUUAUUUUACAAAUAACUUUGAUACCUCAAUGUUUCUGACAUAUUUUUAGAACAUUUGAAAAGAUCACAUUUUCGACAAGGAUCAUAUAAUGUUCUUUAUAUAUCUGAAAGAGUAUUUUAAAGAAUCACGUCAAGGUCACGUGAAGGGAUGUCUUUUAAUUAUUUUAAAUAUAUUAAAGCAAAACGUCACAAAGGAAAGAUACACAUACUCAACAUUUAUUUAGGGUAUUGGUUUAAUGUCAUUUGCUCACUGGGUACAUAUGUGCAGUAUUAGAUUAUAUUAGAUACUUUUAUAAAGCAAACAAAUCGAGUAAAAAAUGUGAUUGGUGCAAAAGAUUCGUCGUUCUUCUAUUUUCGUUGAUAUUCAAAGAGUGAAGUUUGUUGGGCGAAAGGACUGUGAUUUUCAAGAUCAACCCAGAAUUGUACAAUCUUAACUUUAUUCACAACGACAUUAUUCAUAAACGACAAGUCGUUUGCACCAGUUCGAUAUUCUCACUUCGUAACGAGACAUGAAUAAUAAUUAGAACGUGUCUAUAUCACGAGUUUGACGUUUAUUGCAUUUAUUUUUUCCAAGUUUUUCCCGUUACGGAGGUGUGUAAUACUCUCACCAAGUGUCUCUGCCUUUUAGAAUGCUAUUGAGAUAUAUUUUAAUGAAAUUUUAA